UCUCAGUCAGUUGUCAGUGUCACUUUCAAAGUUGUGAGCAGUGGCGAGGAAAACUCAUAUUCAAUUUUGCUAUCUAUUUGUAAAUUAAAUAUAUGGGAUUCGUAAUUUAUUUUAACAGUGAAAGUUAGUGUAGAUAAUUUAAAAUGAGUGCCAACGAAGAUAAACCAAAUUUUAGUCGUAACAGAGGAAUAUCUGCCGAUUUGAGUGUUGACUACAGUGGUGUGCCGACCGCCGAAAUUGAUGAUGAACGAGAGGAAAAGCCCUGGCAACGGGUGAUCUACCAAAUAAGUAGGAAAGGCAAGCACUUGUAUGAGCCUGUCAAAUCUGUACCUAGCACAUUAUUGAUAGUCGUCCUCGGCGUCUACCUGCUGCUGGGCUACUUCACUCAGCUGGUGGAAGACAGCAUGCCCAGUGUCGUGCGAGAGUCCAGCGUGGCCAGAGAUGACUCGAUCACAUUCAGUGAGGAGGUUGCCUACCGCCACCUGCUCCGCAUAGUGGGUGACGAGCCGCGAGUCGCGGGCACCUUGUACCAUCUGAACAAGACACACGACAUGAAGGCUAUUGUCGAUGAGGUCGCACUCCAGGCCAACCAGGUUGUGAGGACUGACUGGCAGUUUGCUAGUGGUGACUACUUCCACAAUUCAUCGGCAUCCUUCGUCAACAUAUACCAGAAUGCGUCCAACAUUGUAGCGUUGUUAGAGGGAGAGAGCGGAUUCCUGCCAAAUGGGACAAUAGGCAGCUCUAUACUAGUCAACUGUCAUUACGAUUCUGUACCUUAUGCUCUAGGUGCGUCAGAUAACGCGGCGUUCUGCGCUAUCAUGGUGGAGACUCUGACUAAGAUGUCUCGUAGCAAGCAGAAACUGAAACAUAAUGUAGUGUUCCUGUUUAACGGGGCCGAGGAGAACGGUCUACAGGCUAGUCACGCCUUCCUCCAACACCCGUGGGCGGAGGGAGUGACCGCGGUCAUCAAUCUGGACGCCGCGGGGAUGAAUGGGAAACCUACUAUAUUCCAGGCAACGGAUCCUAGAGUACUAAACGCCUACAGCCGCUCGGUCCCGCGGCCGAACGCGCAGGGCCUGGCCGAGUUCAUGUUCUACAGCGGGAUCAUACCCUCGGACACGGACUUCCGGAUCUGGCGGGAGUUUGGAAACAUACAAGGUAUCGACAUAGCGUUCGUGAAAUGGGCUCACGUGUACCACACGCGCAACGACCGGCCCGAGCUCCUGCUGCCCGGAGUGCUGCAGAACGCGGGCGACAUGCUGCUGGCGCUCGCCUCGCGCCUGGCCGACACGCCGGCCAUGCGGGACAAGGUGGAGUCGACCUCUGAAGUGUACUACGACUACCUGAACGUGUUCCUGGUGUCGUACUCGUUCCCGGUCUCCUACGCCGUCGACAUAUGUAUCGCACUGUUCGGACUCGCCAGCGUCGGCUACUACGUGUGGCUGGUUGGUGCCAGAAAGUCAACGCUAGUGAAGUUGUCGUACGCGGCGGGCGGGCGGCUGGUGUCGCUGCUGGGCGGAGUGCUGCUGGUGGCGGUCCUGGUGCCGCUCAUGAUCCUCACCACUGUGCAGAUGCGUUACCUGACGCAGGCGUGGCUGGUGGUCCCGCUGUACUGGCUGCCCUACCUGCUGGGCGCGCUGGCGGCCGCGCAGGCGCUGGACGCCUGGAGCCAGGCGCGCGGACAACACGCGCAGGCGCAUCUGCUCAACGUUCUGCUGCAACACUCCAGCGGUCUGUCCCGCUCGCUCCGCUGCGCGCAGGCGCAGGCGGGCUCCCGCCUGCUGCUGGUGUUGUCGCUGCUGCUGCUGCUGUGCGUGCCCGCCCUCACCACGCUCCGCUACUUGUUCUCCGCGCCGCUCUUCAUCAUGGCCGCCACCUCCAUCAUAUCUAUCACCAUACUCAGAUAUGUUACUUUACAAGGCUGGCAGCACCUGAUCCUGGAAGUAUGCCUGUCGUCCCCGGCGCUGAUGUUCAUGUGUUCCCUGGCCCUGAGGCUGAACGCGCAGGUCCUGCCCAUCAUGUCGCGCUCGGCGGGAAACUACCCUGACCUCACCGUGGCCGCGCUCAAUGUGGGCCUAGCUGUACUCGUGGCCGCUACUGUGUCGGGCAUCGAACUCCUGUUCUCCCGCAAGCAUCUGUGGUUGGUGCUAAGCGGAGUGGGAGCGGUCUGCUUCGUGCUCAUGUUCAUACCGUUCAGUCCCUACGAUGAGGACGGCAUCUCGCUACAGAGGCAUUACUGGUUUCACUCCGAGAUCGUAUCGUACGACAUAUCCGGCAACACGACGUCCCGUACAUCGGGCAUCGUGGUGAGCAAGCACGACCCCUACACGUCUGAGCGCGUGGGGCCCGCGCUGGCCGCCGCCGGGGUACACCUGGUCAGCAGGGACGACUUCCAGGCAGACUGCGAGGAGUUGGUGUACUGCGGACUGCCGCUCUUCAGGACUAGCUUUGGGAGAUAUCUUAAACACGCUUUGUUCCUGUACACGGGCGGGCCGGCGCCGUUCUCUCCGCCGGCCGCCUUCACCACGCUCUCGCGGGAGUGCGUCGGGGACACUUGUAGCUUCAGCUUCCUACUCACUGGCGCUAACCACAACCUGGUGACCCUGUGGCCGCUGCCCGGCGUGUCUGUGACGUCAUGGUCCCUGUCGAGUGCUCCGUCCCGCUCGCACUCGCAGCGCGGCCGCCCCGUGUAUGUGCUGUACCACUCUACCGCCACCUACAGCGGGGAGCCCGUCUCGAUGGUUAUAAAUGUUACUUUUAAUGUGCCACAAUCCCAGCAAUCUCAGCCGAUAGUGGAGGUAUCGCACCACUCCCACAAGAUCCACCACCCGCAGGACUACACCGACGAGUACCGCAACAUACUGCAGGCGAUGCCGCGCUACUUCAAUAUAGCUAGCUUCCUGAGCUUCAGACAUAACUAUGUGUUCUAAAUGUAGUGUCUGCUUGUAUGGAUAAAUGUGUUUGAAAGCAGGGUUUUUAAUGACAAUUGUAAAGUUGAAAGUAUUUUCUAAUUUCGCCCUCGAAUUCAAGUCAUUGUCAGCAAUUUCGGAAUACUUUACGAAAUAAUACGAGACUGUACCGUAAAUUAUUACUUAGGACAGAAAAAAUAUAAAAAGGGUCGUUUCUUUAAUUGUUUGUAGACAACUUUAGUCGUGGGACAAAUAAAAAAAAAGUGACGCA